AUGGCUGAUACUACCACUGCUACUAACACCACCGAUGUUGUUGAUGAUGUUGCUGCGGUGAAACCCAAGACUGCUGUUAAACCCAAGAAAUCUGCCGACCACCCUCCGGCUAAAGUCAUGGUGAAGGCUGCUGUCGCCGCCCUGAAGGAACGCACCGGUUCCUCGCGUCCUGCCAUCAUGAAGUACAUCGCCGCCAACUAUAACUACGACAAUGCCAAAGCUGUCGCUGCGGCUUUGAAGAAAGCAGUCGAAUCCGGAACAUUCAUCCAGGUCAAAGCAAGUUUCAAACUUUCCGCCGAGGCCAAGAAACCCGAGAAGCCGACCAAGAAACCAGCCAAGAAACCUGCCACAAAAACUGCGAAAGUGAAAAAGGCGAAAUCGGCCAAGACGACGGAGAAAAAGACCAAAACGCCCAAGAAGAAAGCUACUAAGUCAACCGAUGAGGGAAAGGUCAAGAAAGUGAAGAAGACUCCCAAGAAAGAUAGCAAGCCGAAGAAGUCAGCAGAGAAAAAGAGCGUGAAGAAGACCACGAUAGCGGCCAAGACUGACAAACCCAAGGUCAAGAAAGCCACCAAGCCUAAAACUGACAAGCCCAAAGUCAAGAAAGCCGCAACCAAGACCGAGAAGCCCACGGUCAAGAAGACGGCCACCAAGACUGACAAGCCAAAGAAAGCCACCAAGCCUAAGGCACAGAAGAAGACCACCAAAGCUUAA